UCCCUCUCUCCCUCCUACCUCUGUCUUCUGUCGAGCUCUCAGACUCAGAUGCCGUUGCAUAUCUGACAUUUCUCCAACUCCGACUCUGACUGGAUCUGUUCUCAUCUGAAAGUAGAACACCCAGAGGACUGUUGGUGUCGUCUAAUCUGGACUGAAGAUCUGCAUCCACCCAGUCCAGUCCAGUCCAGUCCAGUCCAGUCCGGGGUCCACCUGCUCCUCCUCCUCCUCCUCCGUCUCCAUGGAGCGUGUCCAACACAUGACUAAGUCGGCCAUCCGCCGUGCGUCUCAGAUCGAAGUCAACCCUCAGGCCAAGAGGAACCUGCAGGAGCUGUUCGUCAACUUCACGCUCAUCCUCAUCUGUCUGCUGCUCAUCUACAUCAUCGUUCUGCUCAGCAGCUGAAGGAACAUGGACCUGGAUCCGGUCCGGUCCGGUCCGGUCCAAGGAACAUGGACCUGGAUCUGGUCCGGUUCAAGGAACAUGGACCUGGAUCUGGUCCGGUUCAAGGAACAUGGACCUGGAUCCGGUCCGGUCCCAGGGGUUCCCACUGGUUUUACGCUCAGUUUUUCAGACCUAGACCACGUCCGCUCUGGAUUCCAGCUCACCAAAAAGGUCCGAAUUCCACCAGGAUUCAACCGACUGCCCUUGAGCCAGAUGUGAUUGAACCUGCAAACACUCAAACCCAAUAAAAGUUCACUGAAACCCAAAACCACUUCAGACCGGCCUUCACUGAUUGGUUCAUAUUUCAGAAGUGUCGCAGAAACACAACACAACACAUAAUGUCGGAUUUUAAUGAAGUAAAGGUCAGAUAAACGUGACCUGGCCGUUCAGACUGAAGUCGCAUUGCAAAAAUAUCGGAUACGUAUCGGAUUUAGGAUCAACAUAUGAAAGUGACCUGGGUCGGAUUUGAAAAAACGUGAUAUUGUGAAUUGCGUAACAGAUAACACACCACUUUUAAUUGGCGUAUUAUCUGUUCAUGUUAUAAGCUGUCCACGUGUAUGUUAAUGCCACGUAAAAUACACUGCGAUUAGCGGUUAGGGUUAAGUUUAGGGUUAGGGGUUAGAGCGAUUAACGGUUAACAUAAUUAGCAGGUAGGGUUAGCAGCUAGCACGAUUAGUGGUUAGGGUUAGUGUUUGGGUUAAGGGUUAGUGGUUAGCACGAUUAACAAAUAGCAAUUACCGAAAUUAGCGGUUAGGGUUGGUGGCUAGCGCGGUUGGCAGUUAGGGUUAGUGUUUAGGGUUAGCAGUUAGUGCUUAGCGCGAUUAAGAAUUAGCAGUUUGCGCAAUCAGUGGUUAGGGUUAGCAGCUAGCGUGAUAGUGGAUAGUUCACGUAAACCCAAAACCGCUCGGACCAGGCGUCACUGGUUGGUUCUGUAUUGGUUUCAUUCUAUUUUCCCUCAAAUCUGUGUUUAAAGUCCAGACUGAAACAAUAUUUGAGUAAAUUUAAGGUUUAAUACAGAUGUGUAGACGUGUUCGGAUCAACUCUGGAACAAGGCUAUUAUCAUUAACAAAAACUAACAAAAUGACGAAAACUAGAAUUGUAAAAACAUUUUUGUUAACUGAAAUAAAUAAAAACUAUUAUUAAAAGAAAAAAACGAUAACUGAAACUGUACUGUGUG